GAGAAUGUGGUGCGGUUACCUGGCGAUCGUGAGCCUCCUCCUUUUAGGGGUCCCCUGGACGAGUGCCCGAAGUGGCUUCGGACCCGGGGAGCAGGAUUGGGGCUACGUGGACGUCCGGGAGGGAGCGCAUAUGUUCUACUGGCUCUACUACACCACCGCCAACGUGAGCAGCUACACGGAGCGUCCCCUGGUCCUCUGGCUCCAGGGCGGACCCGGAGGCGCUUCCUCCGCCUUGGGCAACUUCCAGGAGCUGGGACCCGUGGAUGUCAAGGGUGAACCUCGCGAAGGGAACUGGGUGCAGCACGUGAACGUACUCUUCUUGGACAGUCCUGUUGGAUCGGGCUACAGCUACGUAGACAACUCCAGCCUGCUGGUCACCAAUAGCGAGGAGCUGACUGAAGACCUAAUGACCUUCAUGAUGUACUUCUACAAGCGCCACAGCGAGUUCAAGGAGGUUCCGCUGCACAUAUUCUCAGAGAGCUACGGCGGCAAGAUGGCACCUGCAUUGGCCAUUCGCCUGGAUAAGGCCAUGAGCAUGGGUGAGUUGGCAGCACCGGGAACCCUGAAGUCGGUCAACUUGGGCAAUCCCUGGAUAUCCACCCGCCACAUCUGCCGGGAACACUCCAAUUACCUGUUCGUGAACGGGCUGAUCGACGAGGACGGAGUGGCGCAGAUCGAUGAGCAGGAGGAACGGAUUCUCAGCGCUCUCAAGAUGCACGAGUUCGAGAAGGCCACGGAUGAGUAUUUUCAGUGGUUCGAACUUAUGCAGAACAUCACCGGGGAGGUCUUCAUGUACAACACUCAGACCCAUGUGGAUCCUUCCGAAGAUCGCACCUACGGCUAUGGAGAUGACCUGGUGCGAUUCAUGCAGGAGGAUGUGGGUGAGGCCCUGCAGAUUAAUGGCAGUAUUUUCGCAGCGCAGGUAAUACAGGUUUUCCUCACCCUGCACGGAGAACGCAUGCAAUCGGAUAUGUUGACGAUUCCACGAUUGCUGAACGAGACCUCCGUCUCGAUUAAUAUUUAUUCCGGGCAAUUGGAUGUCCUGGUUCCCACCUCAGCCACCUUGGCCUUAAUCAAGGACUGGACCUGGAAACAUAAGAGCGAGUAUGUGCAGGCACACCGCACUCCCAUCGUGAUCGAGGGCAGACUGCAGGGAUACGAGAAAGUCGGAGGCAAGUUUGGGAUGUACUGGAUCAACCGGUCGGGUCACCUGGCCCCAGGAGACAACCCGACGGCUAUGCAGUAUGUCUUGAAAGCCAUCACACAGUAUGAAAGCGAUUCCUCCUAAUAAUGUUUUAUGUUUUGCAAGUGAUUAGUUAGGCGAAUAAACUAAAGCAAUUAAUAAAUAUAAUCACGCCUCGAAGAGGAUCCAAUUGCAGCGCCAGAUGCCA